AUGAGCAACCUGCUGCUUAUCUUCCCCUCUCUUUCUCGCCCUCCCUGGCGGCCAUCACAACAACAACAACAACAGCAGCAGCAGCAGCCAACACACCCUCCACCGCCGAUGCAGCAGCAGCAGAGAAUGCACCACCACCACCACCACUUGCAGCUGAACACAUUCCCCAACCAACAAACCUAUCGCCCGCUGCUGCUGCUGGCGGGAGCUGGCUGGCUGUUGCUGCUGGGAACAGGUGGCGACAGCACCAGGUGCACUUUCGGCUGGAAGCAGCAGCAGAGGUGA